UUUACAUCUCUUUUACAUCAGGGAUGGACAGGCAAAUCAGAGCUCCGCCCCUUUCGCCAUCAAAACACACAAAGCUACAAAGCCGAAUAAUUUGAGUAACAAAACAAGUUUGAGUCUCUUACAGCGUCGACCUCACCGAGCUAAUCGCUCCGACACACUCUACAGCGCCAAUCUUUCAGUAAAGAGCUCGGAUCAUUCCGACACAUCACAACCACCAAGAUGGAUGAGUUGGAUGAGACUCAGCUGAAGGACAUGGUGGAAAGUCUGAAACAGCAGCUGGAUUUUCCGAGAGAGAAAACGUCCACGUCGAUCCCCGAGCUGGUGAAAUGGAUUGAAGGGAAAAUGCCCGAGGAUCCGUUUCUGAAUCCCGAGUUGCUGAAGAGCAAUCCGUGGAUGGAGUCGGGAAAAUGUGUGGUUAUUUAGCAAAAGCUGGAAUUUUCUAGAAAUUUGUUUUUUCA